UUGGCUAAUCUCUCAGCUGUUAAUGACAAAAUGGCAGAAUACACCAGUACCCCUGGAGUUUCGUCACAUAAUGCAGCAUUGAUGCACACCCUACAAAGACACAGAGAUAUUUUACAGGACUACACCCAUGAAUUCCACAAAACACAAAGCAACUUCUUCAGCCUGAGAGAGCGAGAGGACCUGCUGGGCUCUGUUCACAGAGACAUCGAGUCCUACAAAAGCAGCUCGGGAGUGAACAACAGAAAGACUGAGCUCUUCCUGAAAGAACAUGAACAUCUCAGAAACUCCGAUAGUCUUAUUGACAAUGCAAUAAGUAUCGCCAUGGCUACCAAAGAGAACAUCACAUUUCAGCGUGGAAUGUUGAAGUCUAUUCAAACCAGGGUUACAACUUUGGCCAAUCGUUUCCCCACCAUCAACAGCCUCAUCCAGAAAAUCAAUUUGCGCAAGAGGCGUGACUCUCUAAUUCUGGGUGGGGUGAUCGGCGUCUGCACCAUACUCCUGUUGCUCUACACUUUCCACUGACCAUCCUUGACUUUCAUCCAGAGCACAAAGAAAUAUUUGUAGUAACUCAGUUCAACUGUUGCCAAGACCUUUUUUAUACACAUUUACACGAUUCUCCUUCUAUUGUUUGUCUUUCAAGACAUUAAAAUCAGGUCUUCAUUAAAAGGUUUCAGCUCACUUACUGGAGGGGUUAUUUAUUUUCUGAAUUAUUUCAGAUGGGAGUUUUUAUAUUGCUGCUUCAACCCUGUUGUAAUUUUAAAUCUUUAUACAUUUAUAAAGUAAAAUAAUUGUGUACUGUUCAUGUUUUUUUUGUAUAGCAUCGUGAGUGCCUACUAAAAUAAAGAUGAUGAGCUCA